AUGGCCUGUACCUGUCUGGACUGUUAUGUGGCUGUGGUUCAUCCGAUCACCUACCACAAGAAGAGAGGUCUGACUCCCAGGGUUGUGAUGGCUGCUAUUGUGUGGGCUUUAGCUAUUGCUAAUGGGAUGUCAUUCUAUCAGUUUUACUGUUUAUUUUUCACCAUGUUGCCUGCUGUGCCUUACAUAAUCACUAUUGUAACAAUAGGAAUCUGUGAUUUUCUGAUUCUUCAUACUUUAGUCAAGUCUGACACCGGCAGAAAAAGCAUUCACCCACAGAAGCAAAGAGCCAUUCAGACCCUCGUAGACAGCCUGGUGAUGACAGUACUUUCCUACCUUCCUCCUGUAAUGUUGUAUGUCAUAGGGACGUCUGUGUUCUGCAACUUCGGGAAAUUUAUAUGUUAUAUUGGUAUUCCCAGUACCAUCAUCUCAUCCUCUGGAUCUGCCAUCAUGCCUUUACUCCACCUUUAUCAUCGUGGAAAACUGGAUGGUUUAUGUCCUGGAUGUGUCAGAAACUCAUAA